CUCCUCUUGAUAAGAUAUCAACCCAAGAUUUGGCCUCUAUCGACUACGAGAGAGAGAGAGAGAACAAAGUGAAAAUGGACUCAUCAAUCUGGGCCACUCUCUCAUCACUCUCAUCGUACCUCAUCCCUCUCCUCCUCCUCCUCCUCCUCCUCCUUGAACAGGUCUCCUACUUAAAGAAGAAGAGCACAGUCCCGGGCCCUUCACUAGUAUUCCCCUUCUUGGGCAACGCCAUAUCGCUUGUCCAGAACCCAACGCGGUUCUGGGAAACCCAGUCGGACCUAGCCCGGACCUCCCCCCUCGGCAUCUCCGCCAACUACAUCACCGGCAAGUUUGUCGUCUUUGUCCGCUCCACUGACCUCUCCCACAAGGUCUUCGCCAACGUUCGGCCUGACGCCUUCCAACUAAUCGCCCACCCCUUUGGGAAAAAACUCUUCGGCGACCACAACCUCAUUUACAUGUUCGGUCAGGACCACAAGGACCUCCGCCGACUUCUCGCUCCCAAUUUCACCCCCAGGGCCCUCUCCAUUUACGUUCCUAUCCAACAGAGGAUUGUCGUCGAGCACCUGGCGCGCUGGUUGCGGCUCUCGAAUGGAAAGCCGAUCGCUCUCCGAUGGUUGUGUCGCGACUUGAACCUUGACACGUCACAGACCGUGUUCGUCGGGCCAUAUUUGUCGGGCAAGUCGAAGGAGAGGUUCAACUUCGACUAUAACUUGUUUAAUGUCGGGUUGAUGAAGCUCCCGAUUGAUCUGCCGGGGUUCGCGUUUCGGGAGGCGAGGUUGGCAGGGAAGAGGCUUAUCGAAACAUUAGGUGUUUGCGCAGAGGAGAGCAAGAAGAAGAUGAAGGACGGCGGCGAGCCUACUUGCGUGAUCGAUUUCUGGAUGAAGGACAUUAUAAGGGAAACCGAAGCAACGGUAAAAAUUGGAAUUCCGCCGCCGCCGCACACAAGUACCGCCGAUAUCGGCAGCCACGUGUUUGAUUUCCUUUUCGCAGCACAGGACGCCUCCACAUCAUCGCUGUUGUGGGCGGUGGCGCUCCUCGAGUCCCACCAAGAGAUCCUCGCGAAGGUCCGCCGUGAAGUCGCCUCGAUUUGGUUGCCAGAAUCAAAUACCUUGAUCACUGCAGACAAGGUGCGGGAGAUGAAGUACACCGAGGCAGUGGCACGUGAAGUGUUAAGAAUACGUGCGCCAGCCUCGUCAGUACCUCACUUGGCAGGCAAGGACUUUCCGUUAACGGAUACAUACACCAUUCCAAAAGGAGCCAUUGUUUUUCCGGCAGUUUACGAGUCUUCAUUUCAAGGGUUUGUUGAACCAUAUCGGUUUGACCCGGACCGAUUCAUGGACGAAAGGCAGGAGGACCGGGUGUAUAAAAAGAACUUUCUAGUAUUUGGAGCGGGGGCACACCAAUGUGUGGGCCAGAGGUACGCUAUCAACCAUCUAGUGUUGUUCAUCGCCAUGUUCACAUCGUUGAUGGAUUUCAAGCGGCGCCAAUCGGACGGCUGCGAUGAGAUUGUUUAUAUCCCCACCAUUUGUCCCAAGGACGAUUGCAAAGUCUCUCUCAUCCAGCGGUGCGCAUAGUAUUCCACCCAUUCAUGAUUUAGCUCAACUACGGUAUACCCUCUGAACAGCUCCAAUCAUUUAUGUAAAACUCCGAGAUGGAUCCACACCCGGGUGUAACCAAAUGUUGUACCUGUCUUCUUGUUUUAAUUUUUGUUUUGUAUUUGGGCUUAAAUAGAGUGUUUGGAAAUUGGGCCAAAUGUUAUGUUUUGUAUUGGGCCUUUUUACAUUUGUGUAUUGUCUAGGAAAGGUCCAAGGUCCAAUUGUGUGGCUAUAAUAAAGAAACCUCUAGAAUGAUGAAUGAAAGAAAUCUCAGUGGUGCAUUCCCCUGUUUC